CCGCUGUUGCAAAACCUAGCAGCCAACAUUUCGCGCAAAUUAAUGCAUCAAACAGCUUCUACAAUAGAAAGACAACAGCUGAUCAGAGCAGCAAUCACAGCGAAACAGAAAGCAUGGUGUGAGAAGCGUGGGCUGAAAACACAUCAGCAUUAGAGUAAAUUGCAGGGUCCCUAACUGACUGAAAUAUGUCUCUAAUACUUGGGAAGUAAAGUGUUUCAGUGAGCUGUCUGCAUGUUGAAGCCCAUUCUUCAGCAUCUGUGGGGCCCUGCCAUUGCAAUCGAUGGUCGGCCUUAUCCUUUGGAGCUGAAUUUGAUCAUAGGGGACUGACUGACCCUGUGACUCCUCAGGGAAGCUCCACAGGACAGGAGAGCUGUGCUUGUUUGUGCUGCUGUCAGACAUGGCCAGCGAUUCAGUCUUUGUCGUUGCUAUAGAUUUUGGCACGUCCUACAGUGGGUACUGUUUUUCCCUUGCUUCAGGUACAGACCAAAUCCGCCAGGUGUUCUGGGGAAUGGAGCACGGUCUCAAGACCCCGAAGACACCCACAUGCAUCUUGUUUGACGAGAAGCAGGAGUUCAGGAAAUUUGGCUAUGAUGCUGUGAUGAAGUACAAGAGCCUGCCCUCCAGCGAAUCUGACAAGUGGUACUUCUUCCAGAACUUCAAGAUGAUGCUGUACAACACGAAAGUCACUUCUGGCAUGGAGAUGGAAGCAAGCAAUGGAAAGACACUUCCUGCCCUUGUGGUCUUUGCUGAAAGCCUGCGCUACAUGAAGGAACAUGCCCUGAACACUGUCCAAGAGGCCUCUUUCCACACUGUCUGUGACCCCCAGAAGAUCACCUGGGUCAUUACUGUCCCGACCAUAUGGAGUGCAGCUGCCAGGCAGUUCAUGCGGCUGGCAGCAAAAGAGGCAGGACUCAUCUCUGACAUGAUUUCUGAGAAGCUGAUUAUUGCCCUGGAGCCAGAGGCUGCAUCACUCUGGUGCAAACAGCUUCCACAACAAGGGUUUAUCGUAGAGGCCAGUGACAAGAAAAAGUUUGAAGACUCCCCUGGGAUCCAGUAUAUUGUUGUUGACUGCGGAGGUGGCACAAUAGACAUCACAGUACAUGAGAUCCAAGAAAACCAUUAUCUGAAGGAGUUACACAAGGCAUCUGGAGGUGGAUGGGGAGGCAACAGAGUGGAUGAAAACUUCAAUGCAUUCCUCAGAGAAAUAUUUGACGAUGGUGUAUGGGAUGAAUACGUAAAGAACCACCCUACCGAAUUACAACAUAUGAUGUACAGCUUCGGCCUACAGAAAUGCUCUGCUAGCAGGGAGGCAGUCUACAUACAUUGCUACUACAACUUGACAAGGGUGGCAGAAAGCAGGAAGGAAAUCGCUCAGUUCUUCAAAAAAGUAACAGGAGCUGUAUGGUGUGAUGGGAAUAUCAUGAUUACAUAUGAGAAAAUGAGGAGCUUUUUUGAAUACAGUAUCAAAAAUAUUGUUGGUACUUUGAGGGAAAUCCUUGACAAGCCUGAGAUGGCCAAAGUACAGUACAUUUUACUUGUGGGAGGUUUUUCAACUAGCAUAAUCCUGAGGGAUGCAAUCCAUCAGGCUUUUAGCAAGAAGUGUCAUAUCCUUUGUCCCAUGGAGGCCCAAGCUGCCGUUGCAAAAGGGGCUGUCUUAUUUGGAGUCAAUCCAAAAAUCAUUGCCUCAAGAAUCAGUGCUCGGACAUAUGGUGUAGAAGUAUACACAAGAUUUGAUGCUGCUAUCCACGACGUUUGUAAACAAUAUGUCUCAAAAGCUGAUGGGCUUGUUUAUUGCAAAGAUGUCUUCAGGAAACUGGUGGGAAUUGAGGAGUCAGUGAAUAUAAAUGAGGUUGCUGAAUAUAUUUUCAGUCCCAUAGAAUCAGAUCAGACAUGUGCAUGCUUUGCUUUCUACUCCACAGAAAAGCAGUGUGCUCAGUAUGUAGAUGAGGAAGGGAUGGAACUGCUUGGCUCAUGCACAGUACCAAUGCCAGACACAAAGCUGGGGAAGAACCGCAAACUGAGGCUGGAUGUUAAAUUUGGGCUUACUGAAUUUAAAGCCACAGCUACAGACAUUACUUCCAAAGAAAGUCGGACAAUUGUGAUAGAUUUUUUAGCUGUGUAAAUGCUUGGUUCUUAGAGCAGCAGGGACAACAAAUUCAAGGGGCAGCCUAAGUGGUAGGUACAAACUACUACAGUGUAAAAGGCAAAUGGACCAUAAAGUUUAUUAUCCAGUCUUACCCUUAAUUUGAAACCAGGUCUCUUUAUCUGGAGUCCAGGUUUAAUUCUGCCAGGGGUGACAUUUAAAUGGUUUUAAGUUUUCUUCAGAACAUCACUUAGAAAUAUGUUAUGUAUAAUUAAAGAGCUCUUGUCCCAGUCAAAGGUAGCAUGUGAAGCAGUAAUUCAGUGACAUCUGGGAGCUAGUAUCCAAAACCUGUGUGAGUGCUGUGUUUCCAUUAAGCCAUUUGGUGGUUUUAUCUCAUUGACAGGGCAGAUACUACUGCUAGAUUGUAAUAUUAUAGAUAUGAAUAGUGCUUAUGCAGUUGCCUGAGCCCUUCUGUCCAGCUGAAGAUACUCCCUAUGUCACUGACUUGGGCUUAAUGUUUUCUAUUCCAUAAAAGCUCAUUUCUUUGCCUCCUGUCUAGAGCACCUGUGAGCAGGCUCAGCAAAAUGUGGCCUGUGUGAGUCCAAAUUUGUCCAAGAAAAGGAUGUAAUAAUGAAGUGUGCUGGGUCUGUCUGGGAUGCAGUUAACUUUCUUCAUGACUCUAAUGUUUGUGUUUGUAACUUUACCAAAAUUCUAGAAUGUGAUUUUUGUUACUCAGCUCCUGUCACCUCUUACCAACUUACUACAUCCAAUUAUACUUUACUUCAUGAUCUGCUGCCUACUCGUAUUGGAAUGAACCUUACACUGGUGAAGAAAUUACUCUUAUAUGAAGACUUGAAGUGGUUGAUGAAACAAGUUUGAGAAAUGGAAAAAAGACUCUGAUUACUGUCCAUCAUG